AUGGGUCCCAAAUCAAAGGGCAAUGCCCGUGGAGGAGGACCGAAACCAGGGACCAAGCAGGCAAAAGCUGCCGCCGAAAAAUCUGCCCAAACUGCGAACGCGCAGCAGAACGAAGGGGAGGCUAAGAAGCCUACAGUUAAGCAGAUUAUUGGUGGCGCAUCGUGGACGGGCAAGCUCCCGGUAAAUCUGCUCUCAGAGCAUUGCCAGAAGCAGAAGUGGGAGAAACCAGAAUAUACAAUGACUCAAUCCGCGAAAGGGUUUGUUUCCUCAGUCAUUUUGAGCAAGGUAGACCCCAAGACGAAAGAAAAAGUCACUCUACCUUCGAUGCAACUGCCUCCAGCCCGAAGAGAUCUCGGCGCACGACCUACCGCCUUAGAGGCAAGACAUUUCGCAGCUAUAUACGCUCUUUACCGGGUCUGUAAUAUGAGGAACAUGUCAUUGAUGCUGCCACCUGAUUACCGAAAGCUAUGGAAAGAUGAUUUCCCUGCGCUGAAAGCCGAAGCAACCGCCGAGGGCAAAGCGUGGAUGUACGAAGCCGACCCAUUCUUGGUGAAACAACAGCGUGAUGCUGCAGCUGCAGAUAUGGAGAAAAAGAAAACAGAGCAACAAAAACUACAGGCAAAGGCCAAAGAAGACGGAGCUUUGAGCUCAGGUGGUUUAGAGGAGAGGAAAAGUGGGAAAGGCUGGUCGCAAGCGCCGAAAAUCGAACUCGGAACCAAAAUACGACGUGAUAUCGAAGAUCUCCUAAGAUAUAAAACCGUUUGGAAUCCAUACGGAGUGACUAUACCUGAACCUCAGCGCAAGGCAAUCAUUGAUGACCUCUCUCAAGUGGGCUUCCGUCGAAGCCAUGUUAAAGAAGCGGUUGCCGAAUGCAAGGAUCGCGAAGAAGUGCUGGAAUGGCUUUUGUUAUACGUGCCAGAGGAUGACUUGCCUAGUUGGAGCCUGCCAGAAGGUUAUUCGGCUGGCAUUUCUCUAGCGAGCGGGGACCUUGUACGAGAGUCAAAAAUCAAACGUCUCGCGGCAGCUGGCUAUCCCUCUGAAUUAUGUGCAAGAACUCUCGAUAACGCAGGUGGAAACGAAGCGUUAGCGGCUGAAAAACUUCAAAUGACCAUAACUCAACACAUUUCACAAAGUGCCUCGACCGAAGAAGACGAGCAAGAAGACGCCUGGGCUGAAGAAGCUGUCACCUUGGAAGCUAUCUUCGGAGAUCGGUACAAAAGAGUUUCCAAGAUAGUAUGUGAAAUCCAAGGAGAGGUGCCGAAUAUGGAAGAACUAGUUUCGUUCCGAUUUCAAAAACCCACAAUAUCAUAUCCAACUCAUCCGCCAAUUAUUUCGGUUCUCUCAAAUGGUCUUCCAGCAUAUAUUCGAUUAAGUGCCGUCCGUCAGGCUAUCCGAUAUGCAACUGAAGACUUGAUAGGAACACAGAUGAUAUUCAGCCUAGUAGAUUGGCUGGAAACGAAUCUUCCUAGGAUAGUGGAGAGUCCCGGUCCGUUGCGGGAUAUAUCUACUACGCCUAGUGAGUCAGUAAAGGAACCCACCGCUACUACACAACUACCACUCCGAUCAGCGCGCAAGAAUUCCGUAAGUUCUGGAGCACAGUCGAGCUCACAACUAGGUAUUACGUUGCGCAAAGACUGGGAAUCCAAGAAGACGUCGGCUGCUCAGAUAAAGAUGAAUCGACAACGGCAAUCCUUACCUGCUUGGGCAAUGCAGGAGUCUAUUAUCCAGUGUGUCAAUACGUAUCAAGUUACAAUCAUAUCAGGAGAAACUGGAAGCGGUAAAAGUACUCAAUCCGUACAAUUCAUCCUCGAUGACUUGUUGAAACGAGAUAUCGGAGAUGUCGCAAACAUCGUUUGUACGCAGCCAAGGAGGAUUUCAGCUCUUAGUCUUGCAGAUCGCGUCAGUGAUGAGCGAUGUUCCACUGUCGGAGAUGAAGUCGGUUAUAUCAUUCGAGGUGGUUCCAAGGUCAAAUCCGGCAGGACGAAGAUUACCUUUAUGACAACGGGUGUUUUGCUUCGCAGGCUCCAAACUUCCCCUGAAUCGAGCGACGAUAUCGCAAAAUCGCUUGUCGACAUUACACAUGUUGUAGUGGAUGAAGUCCACGAGAGAAGUCUUGACACCGAUUUCCUCCUUGCUCUGUUGCGAGAUAUUUUGAAUCGUCAUGAAAAUCUAAAGGUCAUUCUGAUGAGUGCCACAUUGGAUGCAGAUAUUUUUAUGCAGUAUUUCGGAGGCCCAUCGCGCGUUGGCCGCGUGAAUAUACCGGGACGCACGUUCCCUGUCGAAGAUUACUAUGUGGAUGACAUUCUCCGUCAGACUGGGUUCAACAGAGGAGCAUCCAUGAUCUCAGAUCUCGAUGAUGCAGCAGAAGUGACAGAAGAUCAGGUUUUGGGAAAGUCUCUCCGCAGCCUUGGAUUUGGUAUCAACUAUGACUUGAUUGUGUCAACCGUCCGAUAUAUAGACUCCCAAUUGGGAGAUGAUCCAGGCGGUAUUCUCAUAUUUUUACCCGGUACUAUGGAAAUCGACCGAUGCCUUAAUGCUAUCAGAGCAGUCCCGAAUCUCCAUGCUCUUCCCCUUCAUGCAUCUCUUCUACCUGCAGAGCAGAAACGGGUAUUCAAUCCUGCCCCCAAAGGCAAACGAAAGGUCAUUGCAGCCACCAACGUCGCCGAAACAUCCAUUACUAUCGACGACGUUGUUGCCGUUAUAGAUACUGGGCGAGUCAAGGAAACAAGUUUCGAUCCCAAGGACAAUGUGGUGAAGUUACAAGAAGUUUGGGCGUCUCAAGCCGCCUGUAAACAACGCCGUGGACGUGCUGGGCGUGUCAAGGCCGGAAAGUGCUACAAGCUUUUCACGCGGAGCGUUGAAUCUAACAUGGCACCGCGACCUGACCCUGAGAUUCGUCGUGUUCCCUUGGAACAACUUUGUCUUUCCGUUGUGGCCAUGAAUAGUAUUCAGAAUGCGGCAGACUUCCUUGCAAAGACUCUUACACCGCCAGAGACAAUAGCCGUCGAAGGUGCUCUGAGUCUUUUACACAGUAUUGGCGCUCUGGACAAUAACAAGCUGACAGCACUUGGACGACACAUGUCGAUGAUUCCAGCAGAUCUACGCUGCGCAAAACUGAUGGUAUACGGAUCGAUAUUCGGCUGUGUAGACGCAUGCAUCACUAUAGCCUCAAUCCUCAUUGCAAGGAGCCCCUUUGUAUCCCCUCGUGACAAGCGUGAGGAGGCUACCGCUGCUAGGGCGGCAUUUUCACGUGGAGGUGGCGACCUCCUGACGGACCUUGCUGCAUAUCAACAAUGGUCCGAGAGAUCUAAGUCAACUGGAUACUGGCAAAGCAACUCAUGGUGCUCCGAAAACUUCUUAUCCCACCAAACCCUCCGCGAAAUAUCCUCCAACCGUGCACAACUCCUCACAUCCCUAAAAGAUGCAGGGAUCCUACCAAUCGAUUACAAGAAAAAUAGUACAGCAUCAUCAAAUCAGUGGGACAGAAACAGCAACAAUACAUCCCUUCUCCAAGCCUUGAUUGCAGGCUCAUUCAACCCACAAAUAGCACAAAUCAAAUUCCCAGACAAAAAAUACACAGCUUCAAUGACGGGUACAAUCGAACUAGACCCGGACGCAAGGACAAUCAAGUACUUCAACCUUGAAAAUGGUCGAGUCUUUAUUCAUCCAAGCUCCGUGCUAUUUUCAGCUCAGAAUUUUGCGAAUGCGAUGUAUAUCAGCUAUUUCUCAAAGAUGGAGACGAGUAAAGUGUUUAUUCGGGAAUUGACUCCAUUCAACGCCUACUCCCUCCUUCUAUUUGCCGGCUCCAUAAUCCUAGACACUAUGGGCCGCGGCCUGGUCGUAGAUGGCUGGCUUCGACUGCGUGGCUGGGCACGAAUCGGCGUUCUGAUUUCCCGCUUGAGAAUGAUGCUGGAUGAUGUUCUAGCAGCGAGAAUAGAUAAUCCAUCUUCUUCGUUGAAUCGUGCAGGCGAAGAACUUGAGUCAAAGGUCAUUGAGCUGGUAACCAAGCUGGUGGACUAUAAUGGUUUGGAUCAAUGAUGAAGUAUCUAUCAAUUCUUGCUUUUGAAUAUGAUAGAAUACUACGAAGCCCCUCAAAUGGAUGAGAAAGCAGCACACUCAGUGCAUUUCCCAACACCGGGAGUCGACGUAGUCCUGUUCCUUGGCAUCUACUUGAUACUCAGAUACAUUCAAUAGAAGUCUUUGUUCUCAUUGAAUAGAAGAGACAAGGAAUCUCAGUACAAACGGGAUUUGGGCUUGUACAAAAGAAACGACCAAGGAGGAUAAAGUGGUAUCUAAAGCGAGCAUGGACAAAAAAGAAAAGAAAAGUGAAUGUUUGGUCCCUCUGAAUGGUUGCGUAGCAAAAAGGGGGAAAGGAAAAAAAAGAGAUUAUGCCAUAAAAGUUCCAAUACCUGUACCAUACUCCAUCAAUAAAAUAAAAAGAUUAAAAUGCCCAUAGAAAAAUGAAACAAGAAGGGAAAGUCUCCGACGCGUGUACUGGUGUGUAACGAUUUUCGAACGCCUAAGAACUCCGUGCCCUUGCUCCUUGCUUUCCAUGAAAUAACACCAAGCCGUCCUUUGCGCCAUUAUAGUCGUAUCGCAUAGAAAGUACUCGCUGAGGGCGCUCCUGACAUUGAAGUCGUCAGUUGGUCAAAAGUAUAGAGAUUCCUUGAAGGGCACCACAACAUGCAACGUUUAGGCGAAAGGGUCGUUGCCCUUGUACGAGUCUGGAAGGCGAAAGCCCUUGGCAAUUUCAGCUUCAACAAACACAGAGGAUCGCUUGAAUCGACGGUCCGCAUACUUUUCGUAA